AGAGAGAGAGAGAGAAUCGGGGUGUUGCCGCCUCUGAGACACUCACGCAUCACUGAGAAACAGCAUCAGGGCGAGGGCACAUCGUCCCUCCAUCUUUCUCUCUGGGAGACCAAGGUAGCUGUUCAAUUAUUGAAGCCGUACACACACCGUCGUACAUUAUUGAGCAAAAUCAGAGCCGAGAUAUUGCGGAGAAUACUGCAAAUCGACACUAGGCGAACGGGGCGGCGAUAUAUCAGACGGACAGUUUCAGCACCUUGGUCAGCGACGAUGGCUCCAAUGGUGGUGGAAGGAGAUCAGCUCGUGGCAGUGCCAGUGGGUGUUGCGGUGAUGAGCGUCUUCGGCCUCGUCUUCAGCGUGUCGGCCUUCGCGUGGAUCUGUUGCCAGCGCAAAAACACCAAAUCCCAGAAGACGCCGCCUUACAAGUUCGUGCACAUGCUCAAAGGGGUCGACAUCUACCCCGAGAGCCUCAGUGGCAAGAAGAAGUUUGCCGCGUCCGCCGCCGCCGCAACGACGACGACGACGAACGAAAACAGCAAAUGCGACGUCAAUGGAAACUGCCACACCGCGUCACUGAUGAAUCCGACUGGUAAACUCGCAUCAAGUCCAAAUGAUUCCAGGCAGGUGCUACACCUGGAUCUGGAGAAACGGGACCUGAAUGGCAACUUCACCACCAAGCCGUUUCAUCACCACCACCAGAAGGUGCGGAGCUCCCCAGACUUGGAGCUGCCCUCUCCUCAUGCGGGGUUCACGCAGCCUGGUGUGAUUGACCACAACGACCUCCCUACGCCGUCCAGCACCCUCUCCAGCCAGGCGCCCACCCCUGCUGUUGACAAGCCCCACGGCGAGGAGAAGGAGAACGGGCUGGGAACUCUCCAUUUCUCCCUGGAAUACCAGCCAGAGAAGAAGGCGUUUGUGGUCCAUAUCAAGGAAGCCCAUGGCCUUACCCCAACGGACGAGCAGUCACUGACCUCCGACCCCUACAUCAAGCUGACACUGCUGCCGGAAAAAAAGCACCGGGUGAAGACCAGAGUGCUGAGGAAGACCCUGGACCCCGCCUUCGACGAGACAUUCAGCUUCUAUGGGAUCCCGCUUGCCCGGGUGUCGGAGUUGGCCCUUCACUUCAUGGUGCUGAGCUUCGACAGGUUCUCCCGCGACGAGGUCAUCGGAGAGACGCUCGUGCCCUUGUCCGGGAUCGACCUGUCAGAGGGGCGGGUCCUGAUGAGCCGGGAGAUCAUCAAGAGGAAUGUCAAGAAAUCAAGCGGCCAUGGUGAACUGCUGCUCUCCCUGUGUUACCAGUCCACCACUAACACGCUGACUGUGGUCGUACUAAAAGCUCGCCAUCUGCCCAAGACCGAAAACAAUGGACCCACAGAUCCGUAUGUCAAGAUCAACAUGUACCAUGGGAAGAAGCGUGUGUGCAAGAAGAAGACCCACGUGAAGAAGUGCUCACCCAACCCGGUCUUCAACGAGCUCUUUGUGUUUGAUCUGCCCUCGGACGAGGGCCUGAUGGACACCAGCGUGGAGCUGCUGCUGAUUGACUCAGACACAGGUAACUCGCGCUCUGCCAACACCACCCUCGGGCGCCUGGUGCUGGGCACGUCAGUGGUGGGCACCGCGGGCGAGCACUGGAGGGAGAUCUGCGACCAUCCGCGCCGCCAGAUUGCCAAGUGGCACGCCUUGUCAGAGGAUUAGAGCGGCGUGGUGUUGUCUGAUACCUUCAUCGAUAACUCGCCUGGUCCGACCUCAAGAGGGAUGGAACAAGAAUGUGAGAGAUUCAGUGUAAAGUUUGUUAAUACCCAAUGGACUUUAAGUGAGGGUGAAUGGAAAAGAGGGGCGGAGGGACAUUGAUGUCGUGUGUGUAGGGUGUGUGUGUGCGUGCGCGUGUGUGUGUGUGUGUGUUUGCCUCUGGGGGGUGUCAUUAGAAGACAUUUCAUCAUUCAAACUACUUCUUUCAAUCACUUAUCUUUGAAGUUAUUGGGGUGAAGCUGGGAUAGCGGAGCAUGACAAAGGAAACCCCCGGAGCUUUUAAACGAUCCCAAAGACUGCCACUGAAAAUCCUCCGGUAACAUCCAACAUAACCAUCAUAAUCUCCACUGAAAACAGCCAGUCGUCACUUAAACUGUGCAAAGUGCAGAAUGUCUAAAAUGUCACUGUUGCUUUUUUUCCCUUCUCUCUCUUCAGCUCUUCCUUCUAUGAAUAGUAACCUAGUCCAUUGUAUGAAAAGCAGAAUAAACCACAAUCCGAUAAUGCUGUAAAAUGUGUAUUAUUAAAGUUUAUUUUAUAACAAAAAUGAUUUCUUCAUAAAGGAAGUAGGAUGUUUUUAUGUACAUUUUUUUUUUUU